GGAAAGUUGCACGAAUCACUGUGUUGUGCAAUAUCACCAACAGAAGGCGCAAAUGUGAAACGUCAAACGCAUAGAAGAAAAACGAUGCGCGCGCCUCUGGUUGUGAAAGCCACAACUAUGAAAAUUAAAAAUGAUCGUUAGCGCUGUCGAUGGAAAUUUCGCAAGUGUUACGUCUGUUUGUCUGUGGUAGCCGUUUCAGCGUGCGUGAUCUUUGAAGCGCCAGAACCGCCGAACAGAAAUCUUGACCGGAGACAAGCAAAAAAUGAAAGAAAUUGAUCGAAUCUAUCGGAAUAAAUAGUUCUAGUCAAAUAAAUAUCACAUCCGUGUAAAAUUAAGCGAUGUUAGAAUCAAUACAUAUCCCAAAGAUGGCCACAAUCAACGAUCUUCCGAACGAGAUUCUCCUCAUGGUUUUCCAACACGUUAGGGAUAAGAAGAUAUUCACCCGUACCUGCAAGCGCUGGAAUGAGCUGCUUGUUAACUUUCUGUAUCUGAGCAUCGACCUCUCGAGCGAGGAACGCAUCCGAAAAUUCAUGGACAUCACUUUUACCCGCAGCUAUCGACAGCUCCACAUCUACGGGGUGAUGUUGGUGCGGUCGGACUUUGACUGGACGGAUAGUUCACGGCAGCUGGAGAGUGCGCAUGCUAAGCGAGUUCGCUGUGGAAGUGAUCCGUACGUGUUGUUGCGCAAGUGCCUGCAAGUGGUCCGUCAAUAUGAAGAGAUCGUGGAGUAUAUGAAUUUGACCUUUGGGCCGAUUAUGGACAACAGUUUGAUGGCAUUCCUGCCCCGGAGCGAUGGACCCAGUUCGUUGGAGUCUUUGGUGAUCCGUUUUAGUAGUUGGCACAUAAUGAAGUCGGACGAUUGGAUCGUUGAUCGAAUGGAGUUUAUUUCCGAAGAGGGCUUAAAGGAAAUUUCUGAGAUGCCAAAGCUCGAAUGUCUCACAUAUAGCGACAAUCGCACAAAAGGGGAUCGAACUGCCCGACGCAAGUUCUUUGACGCAAUCGCCCGGAAGGCGAAAGCAAUAAGAGAGAUAUCUCUGUCAUGCGACUAUUACGCUUGUUUUUCGGAUUUCCGAAUCGUUCGUAGUUUUUCGACGCAGUUACAGGCAUUGUCAUGUACCGUUUGGCCCAUAUUUGUGAAAGAUUUCUUACAGCUUGCGUUUCCGAAAGUGAAAACCCUCUCCCUAGACUUCGCACCCUGCACAACAACGCCAGACCCGGGCCGGUUCUUCGAAAACGCAAAAUCACUUGUCGGUCUGAGCGUUACCAAUGUCAGCAAUGAUGACUUUUUCCGGCAAGGUGUCUAUUGUAGCGCUGCAACCGUCGAGUGGUUGACCAUCACUGGAAACCAACAAAUACCCAUGGACGGGCUGCAGGGUUUGAUCGGUUUGAAGGAAUUGGAACUGUGUGCGUAUCUCAUAUCCGAUGUGCAAAAUGCGGUGCCUCGCUCUCCGUCCUUGGAAAAGCUGGUAAUCGAACGGUGCACCAGCGGUUUUUUGUUCUACUCCGAUUUGGCGGAAAGUGUUCCUCACAUUACGGAACUUUACAUCACCGAAGAUAAGGCGUUGAAUGAUGAGUGCCUACGGGUGAUAUGCACCACAAUGCCCAACUUACGCCGGUUGCAGCUCAAUCUGCCGUCAUUCUUGGGACACCCGGUUACUGACAUGGGCCUGCGUUACAUCGGAAAUCUCCGCCAACUGGAAUACCUCUCGUUGGAAUGCUUUGAUAGUACAUAUUUGAUUGUGGAGCGAAACCAUUUGAUUGGUUUUGGUUGGGCGCCAUUGCUUUGGGCAUCGGAAAUCCACCUCAAUGGCUUUCCUAUGGUUGAUGUGCAACACGUGCUAGAUUUUCUGUUGAAUCCCAACUUGCGGAGCUUGAGCUUGGAGCGGUGCGGCACGACUGCCAGUAUGAUACAAACUUUGAGGAAGAUCAAGCAGCUGAUGGCCGUUUCACGACCACUGCCGCGUUUUGAGAUCGGAGGCUCGUGGUACGUAGGUGAUUGAAAGCAACAAACGCCAUUGCUUCCCCCAACGAACACCAAGAGUACAAUGUGAUUUCAUAUUAUCUAAAUAUUAGCUGACGAGCGGUAUAGCUGAACUAUAUUCUCACGUCAUACAAAUAAUUUUUUUUUUUUCAAAUUAUCAUCAUACAUUUGAAAUAUAAUAGUUUAACAAUUUAUAGUAAAAAAAUAGCUCAAA